AUGCUUUAUCCUGUUGUUCAGGCAUUUAGUGAACUUGGUUUACCAAGACUAAGAAAUGAUGAUUUCUUUGAUCAAAUUAGUCGACGAUAUUCCAUAAUCAUCUUAGGUACAUUAUUUAUCAUUGUUACAACAUCAAAUUUGGUUGGUAAUCCAAUAUAUUGUUACACACAAAUGGUCGACAUUCAAUAUAAAAUCGAUUAUGUCAAUUGGGUUUGUUGGAUAAGUUCAUCUUAUUAUUUACCAUUUGAUAAAGCACUUCCAAAUCGAAAUCAAUCACCACCUGAAAAAAUUUCAUAUUAUCAAUGGGUACCAUUUAUUCUUUUUUUCAUGAUGAUGCUUUUCUAUAUACCUGGUUUUCUAUGGCGAAAAAUGAAUCGAAAUUGUGGUCUUGAUACAAAGGUGAUCACAAGUAUAUUAGCAGAUAUCGAUCCAAUCGAUACUGAAAAUCGAAAAGAUUCUAUAGAUUUAUUAGUUAAACAUAUUGAUAGAGCAUUGACUUACCAUCGUGAUUAUUAUCAUGGAUUUAUGUUUAGUACGUGGAAACGUUAUUCAUGGUUAUUUUGCUGUAGUUUGGGUAAAAAAUCAGGAAAUUACUUAGCUUGUGGUUAUAUUAUUGUUAAAUUACUUUAUAUUGCAAAUGCUAUUGGUCAAAUUUUCCUUCUAAAUAUUUUUUUGGGAAAUCAAUUUCAUCUUUAUGGUUUUGAGGUUCUAAAAAAAUGGUUUUAUGGUCAGCCAAUAGAAGUCGCUGAAAAAUUUCCACGUAUAACUAUGUGUCGAUUGACUAUUCGGACACUUGGCGAUAAUAUUCAACCAUAUGAUGUUCAAUGUCUUCUUCCAAUUAACAUAUUUAAUGAAAAGAUUUUUUUAAUUAUUUGGUUUUGGCUUGCAUUUGUUUUUCUUGCUUCAAUUUUCGGUCUUGUUAAAUGGUUUCAUUAUUUUACUCUAAGCUCACGUAAAAACUUUAUUCGUUGUUUUCUUCAAGCAAAUCGAAUCAAUUAUUUUUCGGAGAACACAACAAGUUUUGAUAUUGAAAUGGUUCGAACUUUUGUUGAUCGAUAUUGUCGACAAGAUGGGAUUUUAUUAUUACGUAUUGUUGAUGCAAAUAUUAAUCAUGUUCUUGUGGGUGAACUUGUUUGUUCACUUUGGGAUCACUGGCAUAUGCAACGAAAAAUUCGUAUUGAUGCUCUAUCGCAACAUUCUGACGAUUAUAAAACUAAAUUACUUGAUGAACAUGAUAAUUACCAUUCAGGUUUAAUUCCUUUGACAGAACCAAUAUCGAUUAUUCAUGAUGAUCGCUAUGUAGCCUUCCCAACUCAUAUUGUAUAA